AUGCCAUCACAUAAAAAUAUAUUUUGUCGCAAGUCUUAUCGCUAUGAAGCGACUUCUUAUGCGACUCUUUGUGCUGUCAUUUAUCGUGCUUUUUACACAUCGUGCUUCUCUACUGCUCCAACAACUCAAGCAAACAGUGGGAUGGUAAAAGUUUUCUCAACAAACUCGACAGGGUUUAAUGAUAUGCAUGAAGAGAUAUGGACAUGGACAUAUGAAUAA